UGGCGCCACUGGCCUUCACCAUUUUGAGCAGUGAGCGCAAAUUCCAGUUCACUUCUCGGACAACGCACUGAGAUAACAAGCCGCUUUGGCAUCGUGACCUAACAAUGGCGGAGGCGGAGGCGAUUCAUCCCAUGGAAAUCGACGGCGACGACGACCUUACUUACUCCGCGAGGCCCGACAAGGGCAAAAGUGUCCUCGUCGCCGGCAACCCUCCCGGCGGCCAAAAGGCGAUCCCGUGGGUUGAGAAGUACCGUCCUCAGUCCCUCGACGACGUCGCUGCUCACCGCGACAUUGUCGAUACUAUUGAUAGGCUGACUACUGAGAACAGAUUGCCCCAUCUUCUACUGUAUGGCCCUCCUGGUACGGGAAAAACAUCAACUAUCCUCGCUGUGGCGCGCAAACUGUAUGGCGCGCAAUACCGCAAUAUGAUUUUGGAGCUGAAUGCUUCUGAUGAUAGAGGAAUUGGUGUUGUACGGGAGCAGAUUCAAAAUUUUGCUAGCACUCAGAGCUUAUCAUUUGGUGUUAAGACCUCUGUAAAACUGGUCUUGUUAGAUGAAGCGGAUGCCAUGACAAAGGAUGCCCAAUUUGCAUUACGUAGAGUGAUUGAGAAAUAUACAAAAAGCACUAGGUUUGCACUUAUAUGUAAUCAUGUAAACAAGAUUAUUCCAGCACUGCAAUCAAGAUGCACUCGGUUUCGGUUUGCCCCUCUUGAUGCUGCCCAUGUCAGUGAAAGAUUGAAACAUGUUAUUAAGGCUGAAGGGCUUGAUGUUCAAGACAGUGGCUUAGAAGCCCUUGUACGGCUUAGCAAUGGUGAUAUGAGAAAGGCUUUGAAUAUUCUUCAGUCAACACAUAUGGCCUCUCAGCAGAUAACAGAAGAAGCUGUUUACCUGUGCACUGGAAAUCCAUUGCCUAAAGACAUUGAGCAAAUAUCUUACUGGCUUCUAAAUGAACAAUUUGCAGAUAGCUUUAAAAGAAUAUAUGAAAUCAAGACGAGGAAAGGAUUGGCCGUGAUAGAUAUUGUGAGAGAAGUGACAAUGUUUGUUUUUAAGAUUAAGAUGCCUCCAUCUGUUCGAGUGCAGCUGAUGACUGAUUUAGCAGACAUAGAGUAUAGAUUAAGUUUUGGGUGCAACGAUAAACUUCAGCUUGGAUCAGUUAUUUCUUCUUUUACACGUGCUAGAUUUGCACUCGUUGAAGCUGCUAACCUUCUGAAUCCGGUCCAUUAGUUGUUAUUGCUUCGCAUACUAGGUCUCUUGGCUUGUUUGAGUUCCCUGGCAACUGUCACCACUAUUUAGAACUAGAUUGGUGGAUCUCUAUUUGUGUAAAGAAAUUGUGGUUGUCUUUUAAAACUUAUGACCAAUGUUCACAAAAUUUUCAGUAGGA